AUGCGACUCCAACACCUCUCCGAUUUCAAGCCCCAAGCGGCCACUCGCGCAUGGGCAUCGAUUCCCAAUCCCAACGGACUACCUCUCAUCGCAACAGCCACUUCUGAUAAAUCGGUGCGCGUCUAUUCGCUCAGUAAUUUUACGUUGCAUUCGACGCUUGAAGGGGGCCAUGAGAGAAGUGUGAGAUCUGCGGCGUGGAAACCGGGGGUUAGGAGAGAUGGGGCGUUGACGAUUGCGACGGGGAGUUUUGAUGCGACGAUGGGGAUUUGGAGACGUAAGGAGGAUGCGGGGAAUGGGGAUGGAAAUGGAAAUGAUGAUGGGAAUGGACCAUUAGAAAUGGAGAUUGGACCGGAUGGAGAGGUGAAUAAAGGAGCGCAGUUGAGAAAAGGAGGAGAAGAUGAGGAGGAUGAGGGAGAUGAUUGGGAAUUUUCAAUUGUGUUGGAGGGACAUGAUUCGGAGAUUAAAAAUGUGGCUUAUUCGCCCAGUGGACAAUGGUUAGCUUCUUGUUCGAGAGAUAAGACGAUAUGGAUUUGGGAGGAAAUAGGAGAGGAGGGAGAAGAUGAAUUCGAAACCGUUGCAGUCUUACAAGAUCACAAAGCAGAUGUAAAAUGUGUAUGUUGGCGAAAAGACGAUGGCAACGGAGAAGUUCUCGCAAGUGGUAGCUACGACGAUACGAUUUUACUAUCGCGCGAAGAUGGCGAGGGAGACUGGGAAACCGUUGCUACAUUAGAAGGUCACGAAGGCACAGUAUGGAAUCUCGAUUGGGAGCCUGAAGUUCUCAUGAAGACGGAAUCGAGCGAUGAAUCCUCCGCACCAGUUACCCCACGACUCCUCUCCUCAUCCGCAGACAUGACCAUACGUAUCUGGUCCAAAGUACCUACACCCCCACCCCAAAACAAACCCUCCUAUUUCAACCCCGGUAUCCCUAGUACCAUGCGUCCGGGCCCCGAAAAUGAGACCUGGGAAUGCACAGCCACGCUUCCGAAAGUCCACGAUCUACCUAUCUACAGCAUUAGUUGGAGUAAACAAACCGGUCGAAUCGUAUCCACUGGCGGCGACGGCAAAGUCGCCAUCUACGAGGAACAAACCAAAGGACGAAAUAGUGUCGGUGGUACGAUUGAGAAAGAAUGGACGGUCCUCACGGUUCUGGAAGGUGCGCAUGGUCCGUAUGAAAUCAACCACGUUACGUGGUGUCAGCGAUUCGAUAAUGGAAGGAAAAGCCCAGAUGAAGAAAUGGUUAUUACGACGGGUGAUGAUGGACUUACGAAAGCGUGGUGGAUUGAAGAAACUGUGGAAGGGAGUAAAGGAGAGGCAUAA